CAGCCAUGUUGGAGCGAAGCAUAGGACGCGGCGUACGUUACAAUGUGUCGUCGUUCGACAAGUAUUAUCUAAUUUAAUUAGCCGUCUCGUGUUUUCUGUCGAUGUCUCGUCCGAAUAUUAGUUUACGUUUCCACAUGUACGAAAUAUGAAACUAAAAACGUAAUAAUUGAAUUGUUGGUUCGUCGCUCACGACGAGAUACUAUAGGUUAUAAACGUUCGCGUGUUUUAAUUGGAAACGCGCGUACCUUUCAAGUCUAUUCGCGGUAAAAUGGAUUUCUCCGGAAACAACACGAUCCACGGUGCGCUCCCGCAAUUUUCGGAAUUAACAUCUCGAUCGAGCACGGUUUCCACAUCGAAAUUCACCAGCAGUGAUAAUACUCAAGCAGAGCAAACCACUGUUUAUACAACCGCUGCUGGCCUGAAUCAAACAAAACAAAGUUUAUUGGUGAAUUCAACGAACAAGUAUGCAGCACCGAUAUUAGCAUGGCCGGAUCCAAAUACUUUGAUGCAGCUUUGCGAGAAGCAAGGCAUUCAAACAAUUAACAUUCCUAAUUACAAUCAAAAUAACACAAUACUCAGUGUCCAAUCGAAUAGCUUACCAGUAAGGAUUAUACCUAACGUGUACUUGCCAUCAACCUCACAAUCAGACGUUAUAAAACAGGAGUUGGAUACAAGGACUGAAAAUGAAAAACAAACAUCUACAAUGCAAGAUUCACAAGUCCAACUUCAGCAACAAAGUGCCAUGGCAGAGUAUUUUCAAAAGUUGCAAGCUACUACUCUUCCAUUAACAUUGCAACAAUUGAUUAAACUCCAAACAGAGCAGGUGAAAAAAGAAAAGACUGAAGAGGAAAAAGUGGAACACACACAGAAUAAUAUUCUCAACAUUCCUAGUGUUCCAGUAUUUAGAAAUACACAAAAUGGAAAUAACACCUUCAUAAAUUCAGAUCAAUUGAUAGUGUCCAUAAAUCCUAAUGACCUAAAUAUUCAAGUAGAAAAUCAGCAGGAAACUGAGAAUGCAGUACAGACUGUUAAGGUUGAACAGCAAAUACAAACUGACUCGCCAAAAACCGAGAAAAAGAUGAAAUUCCGGGCGAAAACAGGAGAAAUAAAAAUCAGUGUUGCUUUGGAUGGCUCGACACUUUACUGUUGCCCAGAAUGUAAUUUAGCAUUUCCAGAUAAAACAGAAAUUGACCAACAUAUACAAGCUCAUAUACAAGAACGCAAGUAUCAAUGCAAAGAAUGUGGCGCCAUGUUGAAACGGAAGGAGCAUCUCGAUCAACACAUGCGUGGCCAUUCAGACGAGAGGCCAUUUAAGUGUCCAGUGUGCCACAAAGCGUUUAAAAGAAACGAACAUCUAACGAGGCAUUACGUUAUUCAUUCUGGUGAUAAGAAUUUCUCGUGUUCAGUAUGUCAGAAAGCCUUCUCUAGGAAGGAUCAUCUGAACAAACACACUCAAACGCACCUAGGAAUUAGGAGGAACCGAACGAAGAAGGAUUCGUUCUUCGUGGAGCAAAAGGAGUCUUUUGAAAAAGCUACUGAGGUUUCCACGACGCCUAAACAAGAAGUGAGCUUUGUUUUAAAAGAUGGGAACUUUAUGAAGCAAGAGCCUAAUUUUCUGCAAUAUAUACAGAAUCUUCAGAAGGAUCAGAAUCUGAUCCACACAUUCUCCUCCUUUAAGGAGCAAGCAACGACCGUACUACAGCAACAGGCAGUAAACAUGAACGAGAUUCUGCCUCAGAAUACAAGAUUCGGAGAAGUUCCCAUUAAUUUUGACUCACUCGCGACUCAUUUUUACUGAAACUCACACCAUUAUCCAUGAAAGAGUUUAACCACAUUCAUUUCAUACAGAACAAAUUUCCAAAAAAAAAA